AUGACAACACAGGACGCCGCUGUCCCUCUCGUGGGCAAGAAACUCAGGAGCACGUUGGGCGCAAUGGCCAACGAGAGCGCGUCGAUCGGCGUGUCGGCGUUUGCCCGUCUUCAGAUGGCGAAGAUGGGGUGGGCGGUCGGCAAAGGCCUGGGCAAGCACGAGCAAGGCGUGCAGUCCCACGUGAAGGUGAAGCGGCGCGUGGAGCUGCAGGGCGUGGGGGCCGAGAAGAAGGAGGUGCACGAGCAGCAGAGGCAGUGGUGGUACAAUGUGUACGACUCGGUUGCCAGUAAAAUUGUGGUCGACGAGGAGCUGUCCGAUGCUGACGAGACCGAUCGCGCAAAGAAGAAGCGCAAGCGAGCGAGACGGCUGGAGCGACAAACGUCCGGCAACAAAAGGAAAGACCGACCCGAGCAAGUGCAGUGCGAAGUGCGCAUUCCGACGGCCGAAGAGCUGUUUGCUGCGACGGGUGGAAAGCUGUUCGGUCGUCGGGCCUAUGGCUCGUGCAACGGGAAGCUGAAACGCGACGAGCUGCAGCUCCAAAAAGCAAAGCUGCAGGAGAGUCAAGAUGCAGAGACAUCGGGUGCAUCGAGCACUGACGUGAUGGAAGAGCAAGAAAUGGGACAAAGAAGGAAGAAGGCCAAGCAAAGUGAAGCUGGUGGGAUAGAAAAGACGGAAAAGAUGGAGAAGGAGAAAGAAAAGGAGAGGGAGAAGAAAGAAAUAAGAGGGAGAAGAAAGAGAAGAAGAAAGAGAAGAAGCAAGCUGCACGUGGCGACUCGAUGUGAAUAG